CCUGCAUCUCACUCCUACUAUUCCUUUUCCCUCUUCUUUUUCUUUCAAAGAGGCACGCAAAGUAAAUUAGCAUCAGCCCAAGCUAAAAAAAAAGAAAAAAAGAAAAAGAAACAUAAUUUACGCGAGCAUCUUAAUUCAAAAUGUUGCGAUUGAAUUCCCUCAUUACCCUGGCGCUUGUGUGCCUUCAAGCCGCCAACUUGCACCAGAUUAUUGCCAGGCCUGUCACUAGUGCUGUCAGCAACCGCAUUGUGGCUAUUGGUGAUCUCCAUAGUGAUUAUCCUCAGACAUUGAAUGCUCUUCGUCUAGCUAACCUCAUUGACAGCAGCAACAACUGGUCUGGAGGAUCAGACACCUUGGUCCAAAUAGGCGACUUAGUUGAUCGGGGCUCAGGCACAAUCCCAAUCUACCAACUGUUUCAGAAGCUCCGCCAGCAAGCCAAGGAUGCCGGCGGUGAGGUUGUCAAUCUCUACGGAAACCACGAGCUCAUGAACAUUGCUGGGGACUGGCGCUACGUUACCCAAGAGGACAUUGAUUCGUUCGGAGGAUCGGCCAAAAGAAAGGCAGCUUGGGACAUCCGUACAGGCUGGCUUGGCCAGUUCGUCUUUAACAGCUUCAAUAUCUCCCACAUCCAGCACGGGCACACUCUUUUCAGCCAUGCUGACAUGCAUCCUGACUGGGCCCGUCUUGGUGUCGACACCCUGAAUCAACAGGCCCAUGACGCUUUGUCGAAGGGUAAAUAUGACGCACCCAUCUUCAAGACAAACGGUCCUAUUUGGAACCGUGAACUCGCUAAGCAAGAGGAUGGCGCAGCUGCUACUUGCGAAACCAUUGAGAGUAUCAAGAAGACCCUAGGUGUUAACCGUCUCGUCUCUGGACACACUGUCCAAAAGACUGGCAAGAUUCUCUCCCUUUGCAAGGGCUCUUACUUUGUGAUUGAUGUCGGCAUCUCCAACUACUAUGACGGAAACCUGGCUGCAUUGGAGAUCCUUGAGCAUAGCGAUGGUACCCAGACUGUGAAUGCUCUCUACCCUGAUGGCAAGCGCCAGCUCUCUAGCUAGAGCUUUUAGUAACUAAAGCAUUGCUUAUCUGUUACUUUACAAGGACGAGAUAUUGUAAUUAGGAUACGAGCGUCCCAUGCUUGUUAAAUGGUUGUUAAAUAGAUUGAAUAUAUAUAUGUAACAAACAAGAGUUGAAAAAAUAAAAAAUGCUUUCCGAGGAUGGCCAUGCCAAGAAAGAGUUAC